CCCAUAAUGCAUUGCACCCGACAACAUAGGCAGACACUGCUACGAUAGUGUGGACAAGAUCCUUGAUUUGUUCACUUGAAGAGCUUCGAGUAUGGACGAAGACAACAAUCCUGAGGACGAGUCUGUUGGACUUUCGGAGGAUCCUUCAGAAGAGGCACCACCAAUUCUCCCUCCUGGACUUUCCGACAGUGAAGCAAUGGAACUGCUUUGGCAAUAUCGAGCCCGGCGUCGCCAGUCAUCACCUGAGCUACCAGAGACAGUGACCCGUCUUGCUUCCCCUGAUGGCAGCCUUCUGUACUUGGUGGGAACUGCCCACUUCAGUGACAGCAGCAAAAGAGAUGUGACUUCGACAAUCCGUGCUGUGCAACCAGAUGUGGUUGUGGUAGAGUUGUGCCAGUACAGAGUGUCCAUGCUGAAGAUGGAUGAGAAUACAUUGCUGAGGGAAGCCAAAGAGAUAAACCUUGAUAAGGUCCAGCAGGCCAUCAAACAGAAUGGCGUGAUGUCUGGCCUGAUGCAGAUUCUCCUCCUCAAAGUUUCCGCUCACAUCACUGAGCAGCUCGGCAUGGCUCCUGGUGGCGAGUUCAGGGAAGCCUUCAAAGAGGCUGGACAUGUGCCAUUUUGUAAGUUUCAUCUUGGAGACAGGCCCAUACCUGUGACGUUCAAAAGGGCCAUCGCUGCCCUCAGCCUGUGGCAGAAGGCCCGUCUCGCUUGGGGUCUUUGCUUUCUGUCAGACCCAAUCAGCAAAGAAGAUGUAGAGAAAUGCAAACAGAAGGACCUGCUUGAACAGACCAUGUCAGAGAUGAUAGGAGAGUUUCCUGCACUUCACCAGACCAUAGUGGCUGAGAGAGACAUCUACCUCACGCACACACUGCGCCAGGCUACACGCUGUGUGGAGGCUCCUCCUAAUGCCCAGAAAGUGCCUGCUGUUGUGGUGGGAGUUGUUGGGAUGGGUCACGUGCCUGGCAUUGAAAGAAACUGGGAUAAGCAUCUCAACAUCAGUGAAAUUAUGAGUGUUGCACCCCCAUCUCAGUUUGGCUGGGUUUUGCACUCUGUAGUCAAAGGUGUCAUGAUGGCUAUGCUGGGGUAUGUCUGCUACCGCGCUGGAAGAAGUUUACAUCAAGCCCUGAUGUCUUCAUCUGCUGUUCGAUCUAUUGUGGACAAUCUACGACCAUCUCCUGCUUGACCUCACAGGUCAGCUGAAAGGCAUCACUGACUAAUCCAACACUUGAUUCAUGAAAACAGUGCAUCUUUUACCUAUGGCCUUAAAAGGAGGUGCAGCUGAAAGGAAGUGUUGCUCAGCCAACAAGGACCUCAGGGGGACACCACAUUUCAUUCACUGUGGAGCCCCAAUGGACAUUGUAUGGCCUUACGCCAAAGAAAUCUACACAAUUGUUUUGACAUUUUGUGGAAAGGCUUUAUGAUCUAAGGUAUGAAAAUACUAAUACUGUGUUUGUAAUGCUUCGAGGAGAGUUAAGAACAUUUUACGUUAUAUUUAGUCAAAUCCAUAAGGAAUCAUCUUAAGACAAACGCUCUCGCAAUAUUUCCAUACGAUUUACUCCUUUUCUUUCUACAUUACUUUUCGGUUGGCAGUCAUUAUACAGCUAAGCCUCGAUUUUUACGCGCUUCGAUUCUAUGCAACUUUGUGUCUAACGCUGUUUGGUCAUGGAUCCCGAUUUUUUUUAUCCCAUUUUAAAUGGACGGUAUUGUAGAAAUUGCUGUGCAAAAAGAGGCAGUUUCUACUUUUGACUACGCAACUGCGUGUCGUUUAUUCCUUUUCUCCUUCCUUGUUCCUCAGUAACAUGGCGGUGCAAAACUCACGUUAUCUCUCUUAAAGGGAUCGCAGCAAUAACAUAAAGGUUGUACAUUAGCACAAUGGAGCAAACUCACCGGCAUCAAAUAGAUUUUCAUAAAAAGACUUCUUAUAAUUUUAAUAAUAUCGUAGUAAUUUUCACCCAGAACAAUUAUGUUAUUCCCCAAAUGCAAACACUUGUAUCUUAGUGUUUCCCUACUGCAAUUUCUCGAUACACUUGUAUGCAUGGCUUUGAAUUUUUUUUCCCUUUCCAAGACUUUCUAAAUAACACGCUUUUGAGGUUCACGUGAUUCCCAAAUUUUGGAACCCAAAGUCCGUGUAGAAUCAAGGCUUAGCUGUAAAUAGUACCUAAAAAUGCAAUGGCAACCAGUUCAGGGUGUAACCCGCCUACUGAAUUGAUGGAUGAAUGGGAAUAACAGCGAAGGCUAAUGCCAAAUAGAAAAAUAAUUUAAUGACCAUACUUGUUUUUUUUUGUUUCUUUUACAGUGGAUUGUGAUUAAAUUUUUACCAACUCUAUUAUUUACUUGGGAUGUAUUUGUAGACUUUAGUUGGCAUAACAAAUGUUUUCCAUGUUCACAGUCCUGCCUCUGCUAAAAAGUGCCUCUCAAUGCAUCAGGAAGUGUAUAUGCAUUUUAACAUACUGUAUUACCCUCAAAUGGUCAGUGCAAAUUUAUAAAGUUCUAUUGGCAUAUUUUGUAAAUAGUUAUUUUAAACUUAGACUUUCAAUAUAUGAUUAAUUGAUUUCAAUCAAAUUAAUACCAUGGCACCUAGAUUCAGUGAAGGCUUAUGUUUCUCAGGGUGAGUAAUGUAUUAAUAAAUAAUAUUCAUCAAUGUCAUCCUUACUACAAACCUGCAGGACUUUUAUUUGCCCAGAUUUUAGCAUCAAUCAAUUGGACCUCAAUCUCUGGUUAAGGUUAAUCGAUGACUGAUUUUUGUGAGUGCAGGAAGCAAUCUUUAAAUCAAUGUCAUCCUUAUAAACCUACAGGACUUUAAUUUGCCCAGAUUUUAGCAUCAGUCAAUUGGACCUCAAUCUCUGGUUAAGGGUAAUUGAUGACUGAUUUUUCCGUGUGCAGGAAGUCAUCUUUAAAUCCUAAAAUAAAUCAAAUUCAUGUCACCAGCUCUUUGUACCGACUGCUUAUCCCCUUCCAGUUGUAAUUGUCUUAAAAUGUGUCCAACUUUCAUUACUGUACAAUCGCUUCUCAGUAGACUGCAAACUAUGGCUGCCCUAUCUGUUUGGGCUGCCAUUGGAUAAUUUGAACUUGAUAUCGAAUAAACUAAAGGUCUUAA